GGCCGGAGGCCACGCCCCGCAGCCCGGAGGCCACGCCCACCCUCCCCACAGUCCGGAGCCACGCCCAGCCGUCGUGACCUACAGGCCACGCCCACCCACCGGAGCGGGCCGCACGCUCCCGGAAGUGGAGGAUCGGAAGCGGCGGUUGCCAUGGAGCCCGCGGAGGACUGGCUGGUGGAAUCCUUGCGCUUGUNCCGGGAUUUCCACGCCUUCGCGCUCUCGGGAGCCACGCGAGUCCUGGAGUGGGCUGGGGACAAAGGAGUGUUGGUUGCCGGCUACGAGAGCCAGAAAAAGAAUGAGAUUCUCCAUCUGCUCCUGCCGCUCAGACUGUCUGUGACGGAAAACCAGGGCUUAUGCCCAGAAAGGGAUUUCACAGUGCGCCAUGGAGGAUUUUCUGACAAGUCUAUCUUAGCGCUGAAGCACGUGCCAGACACCAGGUUGCUGGUGACCAGUGGCCGUCCUGGAGGCCACGUGCAGGUGUGGCAGGCUGCACAGGACAGUGAUGUCCUUGCAGCCGUCGGCACCAUUGCUGUGGCUGAGGGGGAGAGGAGUCUCUGGCCGAGGUUGGCUGUCCUCCCCUCGGUGGCACCCGGCAUCCUCCACGGGGCGCGGCUCAGUGGCCUGAAGAUCGUAGACCUGGAAUCCCACAAGACCACGUAUUGUUCAGGGGUUGAAGACGGUGAGGAGCUGAGCUGCCUGCAGGCCCUGGACGCUGACACCUUUGCUUUCUGCAGUGCCUCUGGCCGUCUGGGGCUGGUGGAUACCCGCCAGAAGUGGGCACCAGUGGAGACCCCCAGACCCAGCCCUGCGUCGGGGGGACAGAGGUGGUGCGCAGAAGUCAGGGACCAGGGCCCUGGGCCCUGCAUCGCCAGCCUUGGCUCGGAUGGACAGCUCCGCCUUCUCGACCCCCGGCAGCUCUGCCACCCUGUGAGCGCAGUCCAGUGCCCAGUGCCCACGCCCAGCCCAGACCCGGAGCUGCUGCGAGUGACCUGGGCCCCGGGCCUGAGCAACUGUCUGGCCAUCUCAGGUUUUGAUGGGACAGUCCAGGUCUAUGAUGUCACUUGCUGGGACCCGGCGGGGAGCCACGCAGAGCCUGUCUUCACGCACAGAGGCCACAUCUGCCUGGAAGGAAGUGAGGUGGACCCCGCCCCACUGGUCACCACCCACACCUGGCACCCCAGCAAGCCCAGGACUGUGCUGUCAGCAGCCAGCGAUGCCUCCCUGCACGUGUGGGACUGGGUGGACCCGCGCACCCCCUGCUGACCCCAGAGCCUGCCUGCCCCGCCUGGAGGAGGGGCUUGAUGUGCAGGACCACGUGAUCCCACGGCCCAGCUGCCAGUUGGCGCCUGUCACUCAUCCAGGCUUCCCUGGCUUCCAUUUUCUUAGUUCUCUUUUUAACCUUUUUUAAAUCAAAGUCUUACCAAGUAUCCCUGGCUAACCUCAAAUUGUGAGUUGCUGGGACUACAGGUUUGCA